UAGAGUUGUCCACAGAUCACAGAGGUUACUCUGUGAUCUGUGAAGUUGUAAGCCUUGUUCAGAGUGUUCUGUGCCUUGUUCUAUGGAGUUGUCUUAUUUAUGACUUUUAUGAGACUGACAGAAGUAAAAUCGAAAACAAUAAAAGUUCUGCUAAUUACUCCCCUAAUUGUUUGUUUGCCAAGCAAGUUUCACAAUUUCGAGUGCAUGUUGAAAACCGUCUAGUUCGUUUAAUCAAGCUCGUUCGCCCCCCAAACGUCCAUCAUGUUGGCCCUGAUGAACAGAAUCCUGGAUUGGUUCAGAAGCCUCUUUUGGAAGGAGGAAAUGGAAUUAACUUUGGUGGGUCUUCAAUAUUCCGGCAAGACAACCUUCGUUAAUGUUAUCGCUUCUGGACAAUUCAGUGAAGACAUGAUUCCGACUGUAGGUUUCAACAUGAGAAAAAUCACAAAAGGCAAUGUGACUAUAAAAGUUUGGGACAUUGGCGGUCAGCCCCGAUUUCGGUCUAUGUGGGAGCGUUAUUGUAGGGGCGUAAACGCCAUUGUGUAUAUGGUAGAUGCGGCUGAUCCUGAUAAAAUAGAAGCAUCGCGCAAUGAAUUGCAUAAUCUGUUAGACAAGCCCCAGCUGGCUGGGAUUCCAGUUCUAGUUCUUGGCAAUAAACGAGAUAAGCCGCAAGCGUUUGAUGAAAAUGGCCUUAUUGAAAGAAUGAAUUUGUCAGCUAUUCAGGAUCGUGAAAUAUGCUGCUAUUCAAUUUCCUGUAAAGAGAAGGACAAUAUUGACAUAACAUUGCAAUGGCUGAUAGCACAUUCAAAGUCUGGUAUGCGUUAAGUCGGUGAAGACGACUGGCUUCAAUGUAUGGUGAUUUGUAAGUGUAUAAUUUAAUUCACUACUUACAACUUUUUAGAGUAGCCCUAUAAUAUGAUACAUAUAUGGCUAGACCACAUAUUUAGAUAAGCGAAAUUAUAUAUUGUUUUCUCUAUGUGAUGCUAAGUAGAAAAUCAAGAUUUUAUUUGAAAAUAGUCAAACGUUUACAACUGUUUUGUUCACUUUUGUACAGAAUGCGCUAGGUUAAGGUAAAUUUAACACCGUAUGCUAAUGAAAUUUGUCUUUAAUUUACAUCUAAUCAAAUAGUAUUAAAGUUCAAAUUGAAUCUCAAAA